AUGCUUCGCCUAGCGAAUUUCUGGGCCCCAGCACUGCUGGGGCUAUGGGUCGUUUCGGCGACUCAGACUUCCGUGUCCGUCGCGCUGCACAAGCGAGUUGCGACAGUUGCGACAGUGAGGAAGCAUGCGGAGGCAAGCAAGAGCAGCGUGCAGCACAAGAUGGCAUACUUUGGCACCAUACAGGUCGGAAACCCUCCACAGGAGUUUUCAGUUGUUUUUGACACUGGGAGCGGAAAUCUCAUAGUUCCUGGCAGUGAUUGCUCCAGCGAUGCCUGCACUAGCCAUCGACGGUUCGAUCAUAGGAAGAGCGAUGGAAUCAAUGCAAUCAAUUGCGAUGGCAGCAACGUCUCUCACGGGAUGUUGGCGGACGAAAUUACCAUUACAUUCGGCACCGGAAAGAUUACUGGACAGUGCUUCACGGACUCCAUCUGUGUUGGGGCCGCAUGCUCCAAAGGAAACUUCAUCUCGUCGCUUGACGAGAGUUACACGCCUUUUGCUACCUUCUCCUUCGAUGGGGUGCUUGGCCUCGCACUGGACUCAAUGGCACAGUCCAACGAGUUCAGCGUCAUGAGCCGCUUCCAUGGCGCAGGUGUGCUAGCGCAGCCCCUUUUCUCUGUAUUUCUGUCAGACUCCGAUGAAGAGAAGUCUGAGAUCACCUUUGGAGCUAUCAAAGAGGAGCACAUGGCGUCAGAGCUGUACUGGGUGAAUGUCGUCGGGGAUGCAGGCUAUUGGCAGGUUGAGAUCCAGGAUAUCUACCUCGGAGACAAAGCUCAGAAGCUUUGUCAGGGUUGCCGAGUGGCAGUGGACACGGGCACCUCCGAACUUGCAGGUCCAUCAGACAUCAUUGCCCGGCUGGAGGGGCUUCUGGGUUCGGGACAUGACUGCUCCAACCUAGAUUCCUUGCCGCACCUGGGCUUCGCUGUCCGUGGUCCCAACGGCAAGCCCAAAAUUCUUAGCUUAUCGCCGAAGGACUACACAUCCGAGGGAUCCUUCGGUGGCUGCAACCUGUCAUUGAUGAACUUGGACGUUCCUCCACCCAAGGGGCCACUCUUCGUGUUCGGCAUCCCCUUUCUUCAGAAAUACUUUACCGUGUACGAUCACGAAAAUAGCCGUGUGUGGAGCCUGGUAUCUUCAACGGACAGGGACACUGUGGAAGCUUCGCCUUGUUCCAGUGAUGAGUGGGAGGGACUGUUGGCAGCCCGCUACGAGGGCUCCCCGCAAUCCUUGACGCUGGCCUGGACGGAGGAUUCGUGUGAGGAAUCCUUGGGGUCGAUUUCGAGAGGAUGCCAGUCCUUGCCGAAUGGCGGCUUUGGUGAGAUCUCGGCACCACUCCUCGAGCACGGGGAGUCGGAGGGCACACAGCCAAGCAAGGUCUCGGCACCCGCCAUGACCUUGAACUUGAUCAAUGCGAGUUUGGGUUCCGGAUUGCUCAGUCUUCCUUGGGCAGCUGCUGGAUCAUCGCUUCUUGUAGCAGCAGGUGUCACUCUUCUUGUCUUGGUCUUGAAUGCCGUGACGAACAUCAUCCUCGUGGCUGCCGCCGAGCGCCAGCACGUCUUUGACUUGGGCGGCUUGAUGGGACGUCUUCCUGGCAAGUGGGCUCGACUGCUUCGUUGGGCGUUUGAUUGCAGCAUUUGGUGCUCUGUUGGCCUGGCCUUGCUGGGCUACUUUGUGGUGAUCGCUGAUGCUUUUGAUCCCGUUGCCGAGUUAGCUGGCUUGCCGUCAACGGUCAAAAAAAAGGCAUCUGUCUUCGUGGGAAUGCUACUCGUCAUCCCACUUUGUUUGAUGGAUCCAGAGUAUCUCGCUUUCAGCUCCACGCUGAGUGUGGCCGCCAAUGUCUAUCUGGUUCUCCUGAUCACCUCCAUCUUCACGUUCCAGUCGGAAGUGACGUCGCACCACUCCUUUUGUUGGCUCGGUGCUGGUCCCGGUAUCAUCACGAUGGGCAGUGCAUUGAUGCAGUCCAUGAUCUUCCAGAUGUGUACCAUGCCAAUGUACGAGGUGCUGGAAGACCGCAGCGUCCGGAGAUUCAGUAUCUGCUUGGCUAUUAGCUUUGCCUUUGUCUUUUUCCUCUUUACCACGCUCUGCCUUAUGGGAUUGAGUUUGUACGGUGAUGGAGUUUCGUCGAACAUUCUGAACAAUCUUCCUCCGGAUGUGUCUGGAGACGUUGCCCGAGUAGGCGUUGGCUUGUCCGUGAUCGCCAUCUACCCGAUCUAUCUCGAGUCAAUGGUGGCGCCUUUGCGUCACGCUGAGGAGCGCGCCUGGCGCCAUCGGCAGCCCUUGAUGCUUCCAUCCCCACGGGAUUCGGUGGUGUUUGAUGAUGCUGUGCCCAGAGGCACUUCCGGCGAUCUGGAAGCCGAGCCCUCCCGCAGCUCCACCUCCUGGAUGUCAGAUCGGCUCCUCAAGGUUCGAGUGAAGGUCUUCCAGCUCCAUGCGAAGCUUCCAAUGCGGCCAUCGCAUUUCGCCGCCGUGGCCAUCAUCUUGGGGUCUGCGGCUGGAGGCUGUGUGGUCACUCACCUGGGACUUUGCAAUAUCCUGAACGGAGCCAGUCAGGUUGCGGCCAUGGUCGGCUGGGCACCAGGAUUUGCAGGACUCUUCCUGCUCGGCUGGGACCAGAGGUGCUGGCAGCUUUUGAUGGUUCUGCUGAUCGUCUUUUCAAGCAUGAUGUCGAUGGUGGGGAUGAUGCAUGUGGGCUGCAAUAAAAGGGGGACAUAUCGUGCUGUUGCACGGGUGUCACGCACAGAUGUGGAGAGAGGUGUUGUUUUUCCUGCAGACAGCCUGAGGUACAGAGACAACUUUGUCAACUCACUGAACUGCAUGUGGGAAUCAAGCUGA